CUAUGCUAAAAUUAUAUGCAAAUUUAUUCAAAUUAUUUCGACUGAUCGUUCGAACGUGAACAUCGCCAACGUAAGCGGCAAUCAAGGCAGGGACACAAAACUGGACCUUCACUGAUUCCGUCUAAUCUCUCAGGAUAUUCUGGCUAGCAAAGUACAAGACGGACACAAACCAGGUUGAAAAUGGGAAAGCAGAACAGUAAACUGAAGCCAGAAGUGCUGGCAGACUUAAAACAACACACAGAGUUUAACGAACAUGAACUGCAGGAGUGGUACAAAGGUUUUCUGAAAGAUUGCCCAGACGGAACUUUAACUGUUGAAGAAUUCAAAAAGAUUUACGGAAACUUCUUCCCGUAUGGAGACGCGGCGAAAUUCGCGGAACACGUGUUCCGGACCUUUGACCAAAAUGGCGAUGGUAGAAUUGACUUCAGGGAGUUUAUCUGUGCGUUAUCAGUCACUAGCAGAGGAACCUUGGAACAAAAACUCAAGUGGGCCUUUUCCAUGUAUGAUCUUGAUGGCAACGGGUACAUUUCUCGGGAUGAAAUGUUAGAGAUUGUGCGGGCAAUUUACAAGAUGGUGGGAAACGUUGUGAAGAUGCCAGAAGAUGAGAGCACGCCAGAGAAGCGAGUCGAUAAGAUAUUCCGACAAAUGGACAAAAAUGUUGACGGGAAAUUAUCGGUAGGCGAGUUCAUUGAGGGCGCCAAGAGCGACCCAUCGAUCGUCAAACUGCUGCAAUGCGACCCAGCAGGUGGCAAGUGAACACGGGACAAGGCAUAGAGGUUAACGUAUAACAAAGGUUUCAACAGUCUCAAUCAUCAUACUAAUGGAAUUGUUGUUAUAUAUUAUCAAGGAUUUUAAUUUACAAAGGACACCCAAAUAUCUUGUUAAAUUCAUUUUUUGCUGUUUAUUGCCAUUCCUUACAAAUACGUUUUUGUCGCUCGCACCCAUAUGGGUUUUUUACAAGUUGGAUUCACCAUGCAAAUCUAUAUCGUAACUUGAUAGCAAUAUGUUAGCUCUAGUUUCCGAUAACAAUAAUCUAUAAACAA